UCCAUAGGUUAAGUUAAAGUGUUUACUUGGGUUACUUCUAUUUGGGUUUUGUAAGAAAAAUUAUUAGUAAACGUAAAAAAAAAUGAAUUUCCGAAGAUCACGCACUCGGUCGCGCCGAAACUCAAUGAAUAUCAUGGUUACCACUGAAAAGUGGCGAAAUUAUGGAAAAAGAGUCUCGCGACGAGGUGAUGAAUAUCUCAAUGAUGACUCCGAAGAUGAAAUGCCUAGAGCAAGUGAACUUAAAGACUGGGUCGAUGAAUUCUUUGUUCGAAAAAGCACGGUCUCCAACCAAUCCGAUCAAGAUGUUGAGGUUAAUUUAACAAAAAAACAAACUUUAGUCUUAACCACUUUGGUACCUGAUGAAAUACUUCUCAUGGAAAAUUUCCAAACGUUCGAGACAAAACGAUUCGUCGGAGUAUUAAUGAUGGCAGACGUGUCGGGAUAUACAGCCUUGUCAGAAAGAUACAAUAAUUCAGGAAAAGGAGGCACAUAUCGGUUGACAGCAACAUUAAACACCUACCUUGGUUCCCUCAUAGAAGUCAUAUACAGUCAUGGUGGUGAUAUAAUAAAAUUCGCUGGUGAUGCAUUUUUAGCUCUUUGGAAGACGGAUAAAAGGACUUUCUUAUGCCACACGAUACACACAGCGAUCGCGUGUGCACUCAUAAUACAGCACUCCUUUGGUUCAUAUGAAACUGACGUUAAAGUCAAUCUUAAGGUGAAGCUAGCAAUUUCAGCAGGUAAUCUCAUCUUUUCUCCUAUUGGAUCGGGGAUUGACAUGAAUUACAUAAUAACCGGUCUACCUGUAAUAGAAGCAAAAAUAGCUGAGAGCCUUUGUGACUCAGGAGAAGUAAAGAUAACUCCUACGGCGUGGGGGCAUUGUUACUCAAGAAAUUAUGAUCAUGUUAUCAGUGAUGAUGGACAUGUUACAAUAAAAGCGAUUCUUUACGAUCCACGCGAAAAAGAUGUAAGUAAACCAUUCCUUGGCUUUGCAACUAUGAUCCGUCAAAUUAAUAAACCAUUCGUCGCUUUAGAAAACCUACCAGAUUUUCUUUUGGAUGAUUCUGCAGAGCUAAGCGCCACAGACAUUUCAAGGAAAAAUGAGUUACUAAGUUUACGUACAACUAUAUUAAAUGCAGAGGAAAGAAAUAUUGGUACAGAAAUAAGAAAAUUUAUGAUAAGACCGAUUUUAACUCAAAUCGAUGCUCAUCAACCUUUGGAAUAUCUGACGGAAAUGAGACAAGUUUCCGUCCUAUUUGUUACCCUUAAACCCAAAGAAUGUCCAUUCCCACAGCUAAUAACAAUAGUAAAUAAUUCUUACCAAAUAACUAGCGAUAUUGUAUAUAAAUCUAUGGGUUGCGUGAACAAGAUUAUUCUGUUUGACAAAGAUGUUAUGAUUUUAGUUAUUUUUGGUCUACGGGGGUUCAAACAUGAAUCAGAGGCCCAAGCUGCUUUAAAAUGUGCUUAUGGUAUUAAAAAAAGUGUCUCAGCCCUCGAUGGCGUUCUAGAAGUUUCUAUCGGCGUCACAACUGGUCAGGUAUAUUGUGGUGUAGUCGGUCAUCCAUUACGAAGAGAGUUCACAGUAAUCGGUGCAAUUGUUAAUAAAGCUGCAAGAUUCAUGUGCAAUUUUCGCAAUAAAAUUACGUGCGAUGAGGCCACUUUUGUUAAAAGCAAAAUGUCUAGCAAUGGAUUUACUUUACAACCACCUACAGAACUCAAAGGAAUAAUCCAACCUGGUAAGAUUUAUGAAUACACGGAAGAGAUUAGAAUCAAGGAAUUGUUUGAUAUCUCUCUGAUACCGCCUUUAUUGAAUCGCUGCGACGAAAUGGAAUACUUUGAAAACUGGCUUGAUGAUUGUCAUUUAUCUUAUAGGGAUUUUGAUGCAUUAUUACUUAUUGGUGAAAAUCGGAUUGGCAAAACCAGACUAUUAGAAUGGAUGGCACGGCAUGCCAGAAAGAAGGAUUUCAAAGUGUGCUAUUUAAGUUUAACCUCGAUACAUUCUGCGACACCGUAUUUAGCAUUAAGGCAAACUAUUGAACAACUAUUGGGUAUUAAAGAGCCGAUAGUUGGAUUCGAAAAGGAAGAAAAAAUUGUUCAACUGUUACAACGGUAUAGCGAAGACUUGUGCUAUUUGAACAAUAUAAUCAAUGUUCGUUUUGCUUAUCAUGAAGACGUUUAUUCCCAAAAUGAAGACAUUCGUAAAGCGAAAGCAAAAGGAAUUUUCAAAAAAUUACUCUUAUCUGUACCUGAUACCCAUGUCAUAUUUCUAGAUGAUUUACAGAAUUUAGAUGCUUCAUCGUGGGAAUUUUUGACGAUAAUAUUUGAAAUUGUGAAAAUUUUUACCGUUUUAACGGUCACUCGAGGUAAGUUUAGUUCAGAACACAGUUGGCUUUAUGCAGUGUUUAUUGAACAUAAUAUCCGAAAAAUCCAUUUAGGCUCUUUACAUUCUGAUUGGAUUGCACCAUUGGCAUGUCAAAUAUUAGACGUAGAAGCCGUGCCGAAUGAUUUAUGUAACGCUCUUAAGGCAAAAUGCAAUGGAAUGCCUGGUCUAGUUGAAAAUUUUAUUGUUCACUUAUUUUCGAGCGGUGCUUUAGAAUUGAAAAAAAUCCUUAAAAGUGAGUUGGAUGAUUGGCUAGAUGAAGAUCUACAGUUUCCAGAUUCAAUUUUUUUACGUCCAACUGCUUUGAACGCUAAUGAUCAAUCAACUUUGGACCAACUAAUAGAAGAAAAUUCAACAGAAGAAAUCUCGAUAUGUUUAGUAACAAAUAAGAACGAGCUUCAAACCGACUUAAAUAUGGAAAAUGUUGAUGCUUUAAUCAUGAUUCAAAUAGAUUCAUUGACACCUUAUCAACAACUACUUUUGAAAAUAGCUUCAGUUAUAGGAAAUGUAAUUUCAAGAGAUCUUUUAGAAAAUAUAAUGUAUAAUAACAACCCUUUAACAACAGCAAAAGCAAUUAAGAGAUUGUUUGCAAUGCGUAUAUUAUCUUGUGCUAAUACUAAAAGAAUCACUUCAUUAGGAACUAUUAUGUCAAAUUAUUCUGGAGGUUCAAAUUUAACUUGCGAAUGUUCAUUUGACUAUGAACUUGAUACUUGUGAUAAUCUACCAAAGUAUGCAUUAUGCAAGGUUUUGAAGUUUUGCAAUAAAAAUUCAAGAAAAUCUUUUUAUGAAUUAUUGCCUUUAAAUCAAAAGAAAGAAUUCCACUCGCGUGUCGUUAAUUAUUUUGAAAAUAAUAAGCAGAAAUGCCCAGAAUGUGGAGGUACGAUUAUGUUUGUUCAGUCAACAAUGAAUUUACAUUCACAAACUGAUUCUCAUAACAAAAAUAUGACAAAUGGGAAGCUUAGAGAAGAAGAAGAAAAAGAAGAUAGUGACCAUGAGUCUAUAAUAACCAAUAUGGAUAUGACACAAUAUACACCAACACUUGAACAACAAGAAGCAAUUGAUAUCCGAAGAUCUAGGUCGGAAACAUAUUCUAAAACACAGAUAGGAACAAUAUCUUCAGUAAAAAGUGAAAUAUUUUAUAAAACUACGCCAAUUUUAAAAAUCAAGCCAAAUGAUGAUGACGAUAUAGAUACGCGGAGAAGAUCCACAAAAAGGGUUACAAUGUCAAACAUGGUUUUCAGAAAUAAAAGCUCUAAAGAAAUAAGCAAUCCAACGAUAUUUGACAUGUUAAGAGAUGUUACAGAAGCAAACAAAAUAAGUCAAUGGCAUGAGUUAGGUGUAGUAGAUAGUAUAGAUGAUGUGAAAGAAAUAAACGAAAAAGAAAGUAAAUCAUUUUGCAUACAUAUUGAAAAGGGUGUAUCCCAAACAAACUUUAAUCGAUGUACGUGUGCAGAACUUAAUGUCAUUAUACACGAGCAGCUUAUUUACCACUCCAAAGAAGCUGAUCUUAAAAUCAAAAUGGUCGAAUUUUUAAUACAAUUUAGCUAUUUGAAUAUUCUAGCAAAUAACUUUGAUGCGGCAAUACCCAAACUUGAAGAAGCUGAAAAUACCUGUAGAGAAAAACAUAAUUCUGCUAUCACAAAGUUUGACAGGGAGCGAUUUUUAGGCAAAAUCUACUCUCUAAAAGCAGCUGCAUUUUUAACGAGCGGUAAACUAGUGGCUGCUAAAAUAAAUAUAAUCAAAGCGGCAAAAUUAUAUUACAUUAAUUUAAAUAGAAUAUCAGAUAUUUUAAAAAUGAAAGGUUUGGUAACGGUCAUUAACAUGAAACGCGAAAAGCAUCGCAUUCAUAGUGCGCAUAUGAAAGCAGAUUCUGUUUUUUUCUUAAAUGUUGCAGCAGUAUUGUAUUCCACAUUGGAUGACGAACAAACCUCUAGAAUAGCAGCACAUCGUUCCAUUCACCUAGUGCAAAGAGUUGAAUGCAAUGUUAUAGACGUGUGUGAUGCAUUUACUAUCGCCAUUCAGCUGGAACUUGAUUGGGGAACGCCUGAAGCUACUUUAAACUUGGAAAAAACAGCUAUCAAUGCUCUGAGGAAAAAACAACGACCUGUACAAGCAGAGGAAUUAUUUGCUUUCGGAAAGAUAUUUAUGACCAUUUUCCGAGCUCGACUGGCACGAGGUCAGCUUGCAGCUUCUAUCCGAUCAGGUUAUCAAGCGCUAGUUGUAAGUCGAUUUCUGUAUGCGCAUAAUAUAUCAAUGGAUAUUAUACCAGAUUUGUAUUACUUGUUACUGUCAAGACGCCGCAUUAAAGAAGCGGUUGAGGUCGUCAAGCUAUUGCUGCAAUCAAAUGACAACCAAAUGACUCUUGAAAACGAAACCUGGUAUUACGCACUUUGUAUAGAUUUGAUACUCGAUGCUGGAAUGCAAUUGGAAUCUCCGAAUGAAAUCAGCCUCUACGCCGAAUGCUCUAUUUAUAAAGGUGCAGGAGCAGGAGAAAGUCGUCGAAGAUUGGUCGUGGGAUUAUGGACUUAUUGGUUGAGAGCUGAUUCCGAACGCAGAGCUAAGCGGUUUGAAACUGAAGCAUUGUUUUGGUCAAAUCGCAAUGAAGAAGACGGAACUUUGAAGACUAUGAUAAGUGCAAUGAGACUCGCGGAAGGAAUGUUAGAGAGUUUAGCCAGAAAAAUGGAUGAUUUACGAAAGGUAGUCGAUCUAAUGGAGUUACGUUCAUUGGCCGACCGAGAGCUCACAAGGUUAGAAAAAGAUGCCCGCGAUUUACGCGCCGUUUACCCACGAUGGAUUCUUCUUAAAGCCAACUCUCUCAGUCUAUCCGGAAGACAAUCAGCAGCAAUGGCACUUUUUAACCAGAAUAAUGUAGACUUUACAAUGAACAAUUGCAAAGUGUCUCCAUCUCCAGAGGAAGCUCCGGUGAAACGCGUUAGAAGAGUCUCGUCGUAUCCACAACCGUUUAGAAGAAUCUUUAGUUUUAGCCGCAACGUCCAGCUUUCGCUGUUGGGUACAUAAUGCCCGAAGCGGCCACUUCCCACACUGGAGUGCUGGCGUCGAACAAAUACGAACAUCUUGGCAGGAACUUUUGUAUAAAAUAACAACUAAUCGCCAAUAGCAUGUAGGUA